AUAGUAGUAAGAAGAGAAGAAGCCUAGAAAAAAAAAAUGAAGAAUAAAAUUAUUUCUUCAAAAUUAAUGCUGCUGCUUCUUCUUCUUCUUCCAUUAAUAAACUGCCAUGGAAGCUACCUUGAUUAUACAGACGCAUUAACCAAAUCCAUUCUUUUCUUCGAAGGCCAACGCUCCGGCUAUUUACCGCAGGACCAGAGAAUGAACUGGCGAGGACAUUCCGGUUUAAGCGAUGGAUGGACGGUGAACGUUGAUUUGACCGGUGGUUACUACGACGCCGGAGAUAAUGUGAAGUUUAAUUUUCCGAUGGCGUUUACGACGACGUUGCUUGCGUGGAGUGUAAUUGAAUUUGGGGAAAUUAUGCCGCCUGCGGAAUUACGGAAUGCUUUAGUCGCUAUCCGUUGGUCCACUGAUUAUCUUCUCAAAACUGUUUCUCAGCCCGAUCGCAUUUUCGUCCAGGUGGGUGAUCCUGUACUAGACCAUAACUGUUGGGAAAGGCCAGAAGAUAUGGACACUGCUAGGACAGUGUACACAGUGGAUGCCCCGAAUCCGGCAUCUGACGUGGCCGGAGAGACUGCAGCUGCCCUGGCAGCUGCAUCUAUAGCUUUCCGGCCCUCGGAUCCCGGAUACGCGGAGACACUUUUGAGAACAUCCACAAGGGUGUUUGAUUUUGCAGAUAAGAACCGUGGUGCUUACAGUGAUAAUCUCAAUAUUAGAGAUGGAGUUUGUCCAUAUUAUUGUGAUUUUGAUGGAUAUCAGGAUGAAUUGUUGUGGGGAGCAGCGUGGCUAAGAAGGGCAACGCAAGGAGACAAUUAUCUAAGUUACAUACAAGAAAAUCGGCAGACACUUGGUGCGGAUGAUAAUAUUGAUGAAUUUGGAUGGGAAAAUAAGCACGCAGGCCUAAAUGUUCUUGUUUCUAAGGAAGUGUUGGAUGGGACCACGUACUCCCUUCAAUCUUAUAAAUCAUCAGCAGAUAGCUUCAUGUGUACAUUAAUCCCAGAAUCAUCAUCUUCCCAUAUACAAUACUCUCCUGGUGGCCUAAUUUACAAGCCUGGUGGAAGCAAUUUACAACAUGCCACAACAAUCACAUUCCUACUACUAGUCUACGCAAAUUACUUAGAAAAAUCAUCACAAAUAUUGAAUUGUGGCACUAUAAGUGUUAAUCCAUCUAUGCUUCGAAAAAUUGGUAAGAGACAAGUUGAUUACAUUUUAGGUGAAAAUCCUAAAGGUAUAUCAUACAUGGUUGGUUAUAGUAAUUACUAUCCUCAAAAAAUUCAUCAUCGUGGUUCGACUAUUCCAUCGAUCAACGAUCAUCCUCAGGUCAUCGGAUGCAAUGAGGGCUCGAUUUAUUUUAACUCAUCGCAGCCUAAUCCUAACGUUUUAGUUGGUGCAAUUGUUGGUGGUCCUGGAGAAGAUGAUGUUUAUGAUGAUAAUAGAGAUGAAUUUCGUAAAUCAGAGCCAACUACUUAUAUUAAUGCACCAUUUGUUGGUGCACUUGCUUAUUUUGCAGCUAAUCCUAACGUUUAAUUAGAUGAUCAUCAGAGCUAAUUAAAAUUCUGGUGAUGAAUUGUAUAUAUAAUUAAAUAGUCUCUCAUCUUGCACAUGCAAAGAAGGAAGAGGCUUUUUUUUUUUUGUUAAUUUGGAUUUUAAAUGAUGUGAUAAUGUAUUGUCACAAUAACUUAUUGUGACAUUUUAUAGAGAGUGAGUAUAUUAUUAUUAAGUUGUUCAAGUUUUUAACAUGUAAAAAUCUUGCAUGUUGCUUAUUUUGGAAAAAGAAUGUAAAGGAUCAUUCUUUAGCCAUGAAAUUAUGUUGUUAAUUUUGAUGAAUGUAAGGCUAUUUUGCAAUUCAAAUAGUUGGAUCCUCUCUCU